AUGAACUAUCUCACAUCGAUUGCAAAGACCUGGAACUCUCUCAAUCCUGCCACAUUGAGUGGCGCCAUCGAUGUUAUCGUUAUUGAGGAUGAGCACGGCAGUUUGUACUGUUCGCCAUUCCAUGUCCGGUUUGGGAAGUUCCAGCUACUUAGGCCAUCUCAGAAAAAAGUCAACUUCAAAGUAAAUGGUCAACUCACUGAUAUUCAUAUGAAGUUGGGUGAUGGUGGCGAAGCAUUUUUCGUUUUCCAGACUGAAGAGCCUUUAGACAGGAUUCCUGAUGAUAUGAUGACUUCUCCUGUGGUUAGUGCUGCCUCAUCUACUCUCUCAUCCCCUUUAUCGUCUCCUAAAUCAGAACCAGCUACGCUAGAAGAAGAUUUACCAGAAUAUUUGGAUCUCGGAGGGCCAGCAGAAAACUUGAAUAAGCUAUCUCUGGGUACUUCGUUGUCACUUGAUAGUCCAUCUGCUAAUUUACCAACUUCACUUAUGAGAAAAUCAAGAACCAUGUCCAGCAUCCGGUCAUUAUCACCAACUAGAGCGCAAAAGCUAUCAAAGCAAUUAACUUUGAAGAAUAUCCCUACAAAAAUAGACUCAAAUGGUGAAUUGGUUUUGGAUAUCAGUGGAUACAAAUCCAGUGAACAGGACAUCAAAAGCUACGACAAGAUUUUGAAGGAUAUUUUGAAAGACGAACUUGGUGAUGAUGUCGAUUUGAAGGACGUUGUAAAAUACGAUGAACAUGGUAAUGUGAGAAUAUAUUCAACAAAUAAUGAAUCGGACCUGUCAUUCGAGCAGCAAACAUUAAUGAGCCCCCCUUCAAUUUCUCCGCUGUCUUCUUCUGGUGAUUUAACCGAUGGUGAAUUGAACCUUAAUGGCCCUCUUACUAGUAUCAGUGGUAGCACUGGUAACUAUAUUAAAACAUUAAGACUAACGUCAGAUCAGUUGAAGUGUUUGAACUUGAAAUAUGGUGCUAAUGAUUCAGAGUUCACAGUAGACCAAUCGAAAUCCACCAUUACAUCAAGAAUCUUUUUGUGGAAAUACAAUGUACCAGUAGUUAUAUCUGAUAUUGAUGGUACAAUCACCAAGUCUGAUGCUUUAGGCCAUGUUUUCAACAUGAUUGGUAAAGACUGGACCCAUCCGGGUGUCGCUAAACUUUUUGAAGAUAUUGCUUCUAAUGGCUAUAAUAUUAUGUAUUUGACUGCUAGAUCGGUAGGAUUAGCAGACACUACUAGAGCUUACCUUGAUGGAAUUGAUCAGGAAGGUGUGAAAUUACCAGUGGGGCCAGUCAUUUUGUCUCCGGACAGAACCAUGGCAGCUCUAAGAAGGGAAGUGAUUCUUAAGAAACCUGAAGUUUUCAAGAUUACUUGUCUACAAGAUUUAAGAUCAUUAUAUGGCAACAUCAAUAAGACUCCAUUCUAUGCGGGAUUUGGGAAUAGAAUUACCGACGCUUUAAGUUAUAGAUCAGUGGAUAUCCCGUCGUCUAAAAUAUUUACCAUUAAUCCUGAUGGUGACGUCCAUAUGGAGUUGUUGGAAUUGGCUGGUUAUAAGUCAUCAUAUAUCCACAUCAAUGAAUUGGUUGACCAUUUUUUCCCUCCUGUCAGAGGUGAUAAGAAAGAUGAUGGGUUAAAUGUUUUCACUGAUGAAAAUUUUACGGAUACAGUUUAUUGGAGAGAACCUAUUCCAGAUCUUUCUGAUACUGAUUCAGAAUCGGAAUCUGAUCCUGAUCCUGAAUCUGAAGCUGCAAUUGAAGGCGCUGUUAAAGAUGGUUUGGAGCAAACACAGGCAGACAAUAAGAAUUUGAAUGGUGGUCAAUCCCAAAACCCAGCUAAUUCAGGACAAGACUUUAAUGAUUUGCUCAAUGAAAAUGGUGAUACUGUUACCGGUGAAGAUGUCGAUCUUCUUAUUGGUAAUUUGAAGAUUUCCGAUAUCAGUAAGCAAAUGGAGACAGCUGAUGAAAAUACUUUUGCGAUUGAUUACUAUUCUCACAAUAAUGACGAACUCAUUGAUGAUGAGCUUGAUGAGUAUAAUAAUACUGUCGACGAUCUUGAAAGCGAAUUUGGUGACGAUGAUGGUGAAGUUGAUAACGAUAAUUAUGAGAAUGAUUCUCUUGAUGAAGAUGACGAGGAAGAUUAUGAUGAGAAUAAUAAUGAUGACAACAUUCAUGAUGAAGGAAAAUAUGAAGAGAACACUGAUAAUGAUAUUGAAAGAGAGCUCAAUGAUGAGAGCAUUGAGGGUGGUGACCUAGCGCAACGAGAAUUUAUUACAGCCAAACGACAAUAUUAA